AUGCGUAUUCAAACCUGUUAUGCAUGGGCGCUGGCCCUCACAGCUGCCGCUGGUGGUGUUGAAGCCGUAGAGCAAAAGGAGGCCGAGUUCAGCAAGGCGCUGACUAAGCACCUCAGCACUGGGGGCAUUAUCGGCAUCGUCAUAGGCUGUGUGGUGGCCAUUGGCGUCGUCGCCUUUACGGCUGUGCGUAUGGCCCGGCACGCCCGUGCAUCCCGGGAAGAGCGACACGGCAUCUUGGGCGGCGAGGACUCGUUUGCCUUUGAGGGCGGUGGUCUGCCACCGGCCGCGACAGCCGUGGCCGGAGCAACAGGCGUCCGCACGUCGACUUUUUCGCUGGCUGGCGUGGGUGUGGGGGCGAACUCCAUUUCCAGCACACAAGCCGGGAUGAGGGGGUCGACCUAUUCCAGCCGGCCGGUACAGAUGAGCGAGAUGCGGCCUGGCACGUCCUCGUCCUUCACCCCCUCCUUGAGUGCGCAGCAGCAGCUCGCCCGAUACUCGGUGCGGUCAUCCACGAUACCGGCCUGGCAGAAUCAGGCACGAGGCAACGGUCCAGCAAGUCCUACGAGCCCGACGAACCCGAUGAACCCGAUGGGUCUGAUGGGCCCAAUGGGUCCAGUGAGCCCGACGAGCCCGAUGUAUGCCGGUAUGUCGGCGCCGGGACUGCCACAACAACCUGUGCGAGCGUAUGUGCACGAAAAUGGCAGUCUGGCCAGCGUGCAGAGCUCAAACAGCGAUGGUGGUGGGCUGUUGGCGACGGCAAGACCGCUGUCGAUGACAAGACCGCUGUCGAUGGCAAGACCGCUGUCGAUGGCAAGACCGCCGUCGAUGGCAAGACCACCGUCGUCCCUGCGGUUGAGCCAUGUCGCCAAUGCACCGCCAUCGCCUGGCAUUGCUCCGGGCUCAGCGCCUGCCAUGUACAACAUGAACGAACAGAAUGGGGGACAGAUAUGA